GAGGAUCGGUCGCUCGCAGUUGGACCUUGACGCGCGUGACGUGAGGAUGUCGACUUUUGGCUGCGUCGGCGGCCGCGCGUACGCGUAGGACGAAGGGCUGCCGGGGGGAGAAGAGGAGAGUCGCUACCUUCCGCAGCGACGGCGACGGCGACGACGGUCGCCCACGCGCUCCAAGGCCACGUCAAGGCCGUCGCGAAUGUCAGCGUAGAAUAAAAAAGGACGCGGCGGGAGGAAAACACGCGUCCGACACCCUCGUCUCCUACCGGGUGGAGGGUGGUAAUCGCGCCGCGCGAGCUGCCACGAGGUUCACGUGCCUUUCCCCGUGAUUCGGCGUCCCGAUUAGCCGGCAUACUCCCCCGCGCACUCCGCCGCGCUUCGAAACGAUGUGGCUCCCGCGGAUGCUGCUCGUCGUCGGCUGUCUGCUGCGCUGUCACGUCGCCCGCUCGAUAGCCGUACCUGCGAGAGCGACAAGUCAGGCUUUAUUGGACGAAAAUGAUAUUACUCUUCGGGACGACGGCGAUGACGACGUCACAACAGAAGAGCCGUCUCUCAAAAAGUGCAUUGUAGACGGAAAGUUCUAUUCUCACGGCCAGACGAUACCAUCGUAUGAUUCGAAUUCGCAUUGCCUAUGCGUCGUUGGCGAAGUUUACUGCUGGUGGCAAAAUUAUAAUUCGAAUACCGCCUCGUCGCUCGACCCGUCUUCCCUGCGAUCGACCGCGGCGGAAAGCAAUUACACUUCAUCCCUGGGAAUGAGCACGGACAUUGUGGACGGCUCCGAGGCUUCCGGAAAUUUUGACUCGCCAGCCAACCAACAAGGACACGUAGAAAUUAACGCCACUCUUGCAACUACAAUGUCUUCUCAACCAACCACUUGCCUCGUGAUGGGAAGGGAGUAUCGACAGGGUGAAACACUACCACACUCAACCGGGAACUGUGUCGAAUGCAGUUGCGGCUCCGAAGGCCGCAUCGAAUGCUCGCCGAGAGAUUGCGUGGCACUGCGACCCGAGACAUUAGUCGCACCUGAUAAGCCUGAGGUACCCGACAGCGAUUUCGAAGUUUUCAACUUAGCCCGGGAUUGGGAUAUCGACGAAAAUUUCUAAAGUAUCUGAUAACGAGUCGUGCAAACUUGUCCGACUCUGAUUGCUGCGAUGUUAUUAACGUUGUCAAAGGGCCGACUAAUCGUUUAAUUAAACACGGCUUCAAGAACUGUUCAAAGAACAAAUUCUUCUAAAGAAAACUAGAUUUUCGAGAGCAGAUUAAUUCUAAAAUAUACAUGAUGAAAAUCGGAGUAAAUUGAAUGAAAAAAAGAAAGAAAUAGAUCUGGCAUUUAGUGGUCAGUAAGAAUAAUUGAAUGACAUAUUUAUAUUAAACUCUUCGUAAUAUUUAUUUCAAAUAUAAUCUCAUACUUUUUCAAUAAUAAAAUAAUUUGACUAUAAGAUUAGAAAAUUGUAGAAUUUACGUAUGGCGAUUUUUGACAUUAAAAACUCUUCUCUUUCAUCAUAAGGGAGAAUCAUUUUCUUUCGAUCGAGGAUGUGCCUUCAAUUAUUUAUCUUACAUCACAGAUGUAAUCAAAACAGCGUAGAAGGCAUGGUCCUAAAAAUAUGUAGUUUAGAUUUUUUUUAUAAAACCAACGAGUGAGAAAAAAAGAGCCUAUCGGAUUGAAUAUUUUUUACGUAGAUGACCGCAUUAAGAUCUCUUCGGUAGAUCCUGGUAGACCGAACACUCCUUACAUAGAAAUCCCUUGAUAAAUUAAUAUCCAUCUAUUUUACCAGUUGUAAAAAAUGGAGCCUAUUAUUUUCUAUUUCAAUGCUACGUGAAACUCCUCCAUUUUAUUUUGUUCAAUUUGGAUUCGAUUUGUAGGUCCCGUAAUAAUUUUUCUGAUAAAAAUUUCGUAUCUGUAUAGAUUCGAUAUAAGAAUGUUUUUGUAGACGACGGCCUAUAAUCCAUAAAUUAAUCAUAUCACAUGUACGUCAGCCCGCCUUAUGCACGUGUGAAAAACGAUAUUAAUGUGAAUGAGCUUAGUCAUUACUAGUCGAACACAAUAAUAAAAGAUUUAACAAUACUCUUCGUCAUACCUCAUAUCCAAAUAGGUGCAUAAUCAAAUAUUGUAGUGAAGAUCGUGUUAUUUACCUCACAUAUGUAUACAAUAUGUGAAAGGAUAUAUACCGCCAUAUAUAAUCUUACAUAUUUACUAUAGAAUAAUACCAAUAAUGAAUAAUGGAAAUUCCUUGUUGCAAUAGCUUACGUAUAAGAGGUUGAAAACAGUGAUAGAAAUGUAGAGACAAGUGAAAAAGUCAUCACCAAUAAGAAAAAAGACGUUUAAAAAAACCCCUAACAUUUAACACAACCCAAUAUAUACACAAUAUAUAUUAUACAUAUCUUUAUACAUAUAUAUGAAUAUCAUAUAUAUCUGAUAUUUACCACUAUACUAUAUUACAUAUUACGCAUUAUAUACUACAUUAUACAUAUAUAUAUAUAUACAUAUAUAUAUAUAUAUAUAUAUAUAUAUAUAUAUAAUGUAAUAUAUAAUAUUUUAAUGAUCAUAUCAUACCAAAAACCAAGUAUAAGAAAGAAAUAGCGUCGCAUGUAAUCCGCAUAAUCUGCAAUUCAGAUUACAAUCAAACCUUUGUAUUUUUAGUAUGUCUGGACCAAUUAAUCUUCCUCCCUCUUCUUAACUCUUGAUUCACCUCGAUUCACAUUCUUAUUUUAAUGAUAUAUGCAUAGAAUGAAAAUAUCUCGAUUGUACGCGUAAAAUUUUUAUUCUAGGCACAAGUGGCCAAGUGGUUAAUACAAAAUAGUGAGAGGAAACGCACGAGAGAAAUACGUUAAAAAUAAAUGAAUGUUACGAAAAUUUAGAGAUGGAAUAGAGAGGCAAAGAAUAGAGAUAUUAAGAGUACGGAGGUUCGAUUGCAUUCGAUGAAACUACAGUUUUAUAUAGGUAAACCGCGAUGUUUACUUUUAUAAACACAAUUUUUGCGUUCAGUUUUGUAAAUAUUCCCUAGCUGGUUUCGAAGGUUGUGUAAUUUUUACGACUCGUGGAUGUGCAAAACAGUCGCAUGGUCUGAGUACCGUUUAGACAAUAGACAACAGCGACAUAGUAAUUUAUAAGCGACUUUGUUAAACAUAUAUAGAAGGAUAUUUCUAGAAUGUUUUUUAUCGUUCCGAGAAAUUAUUUUUCAAUACGUGAGUCAUGUCAAAGUUCAAUAUUCUUUUUUUGUGACUGAGGAAUCACGCAAUAUGUGAAAGUGACGAUAGGACUGUAUAAUUAUAUACUUUUGCGAUGAAAUCAGUUGUUUAUAGAUAAUUAGAUAGAUAAGUAGUCUCCGAAUGUAUACAUCACGAAGGUAAUUUUGUCUAACGAAUUUACAAGUUUAGAUCGGAGAGUUUGUUCUUUCAUGAGAACCCUGACGGAAUUGCAAUCUGAUUAUUGCUAUUGAUUUUGAUAACUAGAAUCUAGUGUUAUAAUACGAAUAACACUUUUACUUUUCAAUCUUUAUUCUUAAUUGAAGGAACAGAUAAACAUGUUUAUACGAAAGUUAAAUUUCGCGUUUUCUUGUCUCUAUCAAUUUUUGUAACGUUAACAAUUCUAACGAAAAGUAAAGUAGAAGUGAAACAAAUAGAAAAAUAAUUUCCGUAGAAUUAAAGAAUUAUUUUUUCACUCUGAAAUCAAUUAAAUCUAAAUAUUAAUUUUUAAACAAUUUUUCACACAUUUCGAAAAACUUUUUUAUUUCUUAUGUAAAAAAAUUUAAUAACUUUGAAAUUUUAAUAAUUUUUUUAUUUAUUUAUCUUUUUUAUAUUAAAAAAACUGUAUAUCAAUUUUAUUAUUUUAUUUCAUGCUUGUUCCUUCAAUUAUUGUAUGUAUUUAACAACGGUAUGUUCCUUAAAAGUAAUGACUAUCAAGAAAAUAAUCAAUAGCGUUAACAGCAUUAUUAGAAAAAGAAAUAAAUAGCAGAAAGUCAUGAAAUGAUAUUUUUGAAAAUUCCUCUAUACAAGAAUUAGUUAUAGUUGAAAAUUAGUUAUUGAAAUUAGUUAUAGAAUAUCUUCUAAUUGUUGACAAUCCUCAUUCAUCGAAUCGACCAUGAUAUAAAAUCUCGACAUAAAUUCUGUCAAUAUUUUGAACAUAAAGUAAAACAUAACAUUUUAAUUUAAAUGCAAACAUAUGCUUAGGAAUUAUAAAAUGGAGCCUAAAUUUAUGUAAAACUUGAAAACUUCUUUUUUGCUUUGUGAUUUGUUAAAAUAAGUUAUAAGUUAUUUGAAAUGGUCGUUUUAUUUUGAUAACGUGGUUCAUCAUCAAUCAUUGCACAUAUAAUUUCUAGCUGAAUUUUGGCUGCUUUUUGAGCAAUUUAUCUUUUCUCACACUUUUCUCACACAUUUAUCUUCCUUCACUGAUCCAAGUUCGCUUUUUCAUCCCAUAGUUUACAAACCAAAGAAUUUAAUUCAGAACUGCCGAAAGAACAAUCUUUAAUAGAAACCAUCUCUACUUAUCUCAUCGUACAUUUGUUCUUAUCAACUGUUUAGAUAUUGACAGAAUUUAUAAUUAUGCAUGAUAUCCUUCCUCAUGUACAAAAACUUAUACAUUUUUUAGAAAAUUUCUCAUAAGACGAAAGUGGCACAUCAUCGCGGGACCAUUUUAAUAAAAAUAAGUAGACCACCCAUUAUUGCUUUCGUUUACACUUGUAAUAAUGAUCUCGUACGUCUUCCAGUUAUCUUAUGUGGAAUUGUAUCUAUAUAUAGUAUUCCUGUGAUUAUACGUAUUAUAUCUUCACGGAAAAAUUGUAUUCCAAAUAAAGAAAGAUCUCAUGAUA